GAAUAUCUUCCGUAGAAGAAGAAAACCGAAAAGUCAUGGCAGCUGACAGUUUGCAAUGAGCCAACAAAAAACAAAUGUAGACUCUUAGAAGUUGUAUUUACGAAGUUUAAACUUAGACUGGGAGUGAAACUUAUCCGAAAACAUGCUGAUAACUUUGAAGACUUUACAACAGCAGACGUUCAAAAUUGACAUCGACGAAGAAGAAACGGUGAAGACAUUAAAAGAGAGGAUUGAGCUGGAGAAAGGAAAGGAUCAUUUUCCAGUCGCAGGACAGAAACUGAUCUAUGCUGGUAAAAUCCUCAACGAUGACUCGCCUCUCAAAGAAUACAAAAUCGAUGAGAAGAACUUUGUGGUGGCCAUGGUGACAAAGCCCAAAACCACCUCCGUGGCCUCACAGACGCCAUCGGCUGCUGCAGCAACUCCAAACGUUGAAGCUCCUCCGGUGCCUCCUGCUUCCUCACCCAGUGCAGAAAAACCAGCAGAACAGCCCUCUUCUGACGAGAAACCAGAGGAGAAACAGUCUCCUGCUGCAGAACCUUCCUCCACCAGCGUCGGAAACUCAGAAACGUCCACAAGCACAAACUUGAUCAGUGAAGCUGUUUCUACUCUAGUGACAGGCUCAUCGUAUGACACCAUGGUGAACGAGAUGAUGCUAAUGGGCUAUGAGAGAGAGCAGGUGGUGGCAGCAAUGAGAGCGAGCUUUAACAACCCAGACAGAGCCAUGGAGUACCUGCUCUCGGGUGUUCCAGGCAGAGAUCAGGGCCCUGCAACAGGACCCGACGCUGCUGCUGGUUCACCUCCAGCGAGUGGAGCUCCAGCCAGCAGAGCUCCAGCUGCACCUGCUGGCAGCAUUAGUGGCCCUGCCAGCACUGGCUCUUCACCAAGUGCUGCAGGAGGUAACCCCUUGAGCUUCCUCAGAAAUCAGCCUCAGUUCCACGUCAUGCGACAACUGAUUCAGCAGAACGCCGCCUUGCUUCCAGCUCUGCUGCAGGAGAUCGGCAGGGAAAACCCAGAGCUGCUGCAGGAGAUCAGCAGCCACCAAGAGCAGUUCAUCCAGAUGCUGAACGAGCCCAAUCCAGAUCCGGUGCCGGGAGGUGGGACGGGAGGAACAGGAGGCGAUACCACUGGUGGAGGUCACAUGAACUACAUCCAGGUCACGCCACAGGAGAAAGAAGCAAUCGAAAGGCUAAAAGCCUUGGGGUUUCCAGAGGGACUUGUUAUCCAGGCCUACUUCGCUUGUGAGAAGAACGAGAACCUGGCCGCCAACUUCCUUUUACAGCAGAACUUCGACGACGAUUGAAGGAGCCAUUUGUUUGAUUGUCCCGUCGUUUUCACACUUGUUCCUCAACUUUCUGAUUGCCGAUGUUUAUUAUUAUAAAUGUAAAACAAGCCUUUUAAUUUGCAACAUGUGUUUUAUUCACCACUUCCAAAUCCAGCUCACAUGGUAACACUGGAUGAUCAUCAGCUGUUGGCUGCUGCACAAGAACAAAUGAGAAAUAAAAAACAGAAACAAAGUUCAAUAAUUUUUCAUCAAAGUUAUUGUUUAUCAUUAUUAUUAUUAUUAUUAAAUUUAACCCAUCAUGAUUUUACUUUUAAGGGUUAACUGGCAUCAUAGGUGAUGAAUGUUUUUGUGUUUGCGUCCUUCACUCUGAAUAAAAUCCAGCUCAUCGUC